AUCAGCGCAUUACGAUGCCAGCACAAGCUGAGUACAAUGUUCAGGUGACCACGGGAGACUUCCCUCACGCUGGCACACUUGAUAAAAUUUCAAUAAUUCUGUUUGGGACGAAAGGAGAAAGCAACAAAACCACUCUGUUCAAGCUAGGAAAGAUGCUUUACCCUGGAACGACCUGCUCCUUUCAAGUGCCUUGCUAUACCGAUCUUGGUGAUAUUCUGCUGAUCAGGCUCUUCAAGGAAAAACACGUCUUCUUCCCCAGUGAUGACUGGUUCUGCUCAAAUGUUUUGGUAAAAGACCACACCGGAAAAGGGUUCCAGUUCCCUUGUUACCAGUGGAUAGUAGAGAAUGGAAGUUUUGACCUUAUAGAGGGUAAAGGUCAAUUUUUUGCUGAUGUGGAAAAUAACCUUCAGAUAAAGCACUGUCAAAACAGACUAGAGGCACACAGGAAAAAUUUAAGGUGGGCCACUUUCACAGAGGGUAUACCAAGAUGUGUGGAUAUCCAAGAUCCAAAUCAGUUACCCGCAGAGCUAAGAUUUUCAUUUACAAAGAACAUUGAGUUGGGUUUCACAUUUGCCACUGCGAAACUUGUUUCAAAUGGAAACAUUUUUUUGGUGGACUACAAAUUACUAGAUAAUGUGCCCCCAAAUGUGAUUGAUGGGGUACAGCAGUAUCUACCAGCUCCACUCUGUCUGCUGUACAAGGACAUAAAAGACCAGUUGCUUCCUAUUGCCAUACAGCUGAAACAGAAGUCUGGCCCUGAGAACCCAAUUUUUUUGCCAUCUGACCUCAAGUAUGACUGGUUGCUGGCAAAGACAUAUGUUCGUUCAGCGGAUUUCAACUAUCAUCAGCUGGUGUCUCAUUUGCUGCGAACUCACCUAAUGGCAGAGGUCUUCUGCAUGGCAACAUACCGUCAAUUGCCAUCUAUUCACCCACUUUUUAAGCUCCUUGUAAAUCACAUGAGGUACACUCUGCAAAUCAACAUCAUGGCAAGAAAUAUUUUGCUUGCAAAAGAUGGCAUUUUUGAUAAGGCUGCAAGCACAGGAGGUGGGGGAUUUGUUCUUAUACUGCAGAGAGCCUUGGAUUCUCUGACCUACAGCUCCCUCUGUCUUCCGGAGAACAUCAAGGCUCGUGGAAUGAAAGAUAUCCCCAAUUAUUACUACAGAGAUGAUGGACUUCAGCUGUGGAAAAUCAUUAAUCGGUUUGACAUUUUACAAGAAACUGCAUAUUCAUCUUCUGAAUCCACUUUUAUUUUUCAUUUUGAUGUAAACAAGCCUGUUAUUGGAAUUAACUUGUGGCAGUGCUACCAAUACAACUUCAAAUCCCAAAAGUAUGUGAAGAAGUUUAUAACAUUCUACUAUAAGAAAGAUAGGAAAGUCAAAGAUGACCAGGAGUUACAGAGCUGGAUAGGAGAGAUUUUCACUGAAGGGUUCCUAGGAAAGACAAGCACAGGUAUCCCGCAGAGCUUUAGAACUCUUAAGCAGCUCAUUGACUUUGUCACCAUGGUUAUAUUUACCUGUUCAGCACAACAUGCAGCUGUCAACAGUGGGCAGUUUGAUUUUUAUGGAUGGAUGCCCAAUGGCCCCUCAACUAUGACCAAGCCUCCUCCAACCAAUAAGGGACAUACCACCAUGCCAGAUCUACUGCAGAGCAUAAGUAAUGUGAAGAAUACCUGCAGAGCCAUGUCUGCCGUUUGGCUACUCAGCCGCCAGUCCAGUGACUUUGUUAUUCUCGGCCACAGUUCUAGCAUUUAUUCCACUGAAAAAACACCAGCAGGUUUCCUUAAAGAAUUCAGAGAAGACUUGAAAAACCUAGCCUCCAAAAUUAGAAAAAGAAAUAAAGGGAAGCAGAUACCUUACAACUAUUUGUUGCCAGAUGAGAUUGAAUCCAGUGUGGCCAUCUGAACAUUAUCCCCAUCCUGCUAGAGUGCUACAUUUCUUUUCUUUUUUUUUUAAUUUUUAAUAAUUUUAUUGUAAUCAUUCCAUACAAAUCAAGCAACUUUUACAAAAAAUAGGACUGAGAUUGAAAAACAAGUACUGUAUUUCUAAAAGGAAUUUUGACUGUUUCACAACAUUUUAAUUUGUUAAAAUGUUUAUAAAUCACUUCUCUGUUUUGAGUCUUUAAAAGAGGACAAAGUCUGAUUAAUCUUUUUGCAGAAAGUGGCACAGGGCAAACUGUACUAAACAUUAUUAACACUGCACAUUUUAUAAGAGUUCUAAAUAUUCCUGAAAAUACUAACAUAAUAGUUAUAUUAGACUCCCUCUUACAAUUUGUUGUUUUGUUUUUCUUAUACUGUUUUUUUUUAUAUCAUUAUAUCUUAUUCUGUUCUUUUCCGCCCUGAUCACUAUUCUGUACAGUAUCUUACAUGGGCACCAAAAUAUUGUUAAUGACAAUGAUCCAACCUGUGAUGUCAUCGCUUACACAAUAUAAAGAUAACAGUAACCAUCUCACAGCAGCAUGGAAAAAGUGUUAUAUAAAUGUAUCAUUAUUAAAAUGUCCAAGCUUUGGAAUAUAUCUUACAACUCAAAAAAAUCUCUUGUGUAUUACAGGUUAUAUCAAAGGCAAAAAUGUUUUGUUUUUAAUUAUUGGUUUAGUUGUGUUUAUUUUGAUUUGGUUUUAAGCCUGUUUGACCACAUUUAGCAGAAAGUGCUUUCCUUUUGAUCUGUCUCUUGCAAAUUUAAAAUUCUGAUCAACUUUAUCACCUUGAUCACUACAGUCCUUUUCCAGAUGGAAGAAUAAACAUUUUAUUUUAAUCAU